AUGACGUCAAAGCUAACUGAACGGCACGGGGCUGACUCGUGUCGACCUGGGUGGGCUAAACGACUGCAUCCUAUGUGCCACAUGGCGGCCAUCUUAGAUUUCAAAUGGCCUCCAUAUUACUGCGAUGAGACGUGCCUUUGUCAGCUUGACUGUGACGAUGAGUUCAUAGAUGAAAAGUGCUCGUUUGUUGUUCCAAACGAGUGCAACGACACGUGUAUGUGCGGACCGGGGGACAGAGAAGGACAAGAUAACAGGGAGAUCGUGUGUGCUUCGACCACACCAGAGGAAUGCGAGAAAAGUACUACUACAGUCGCGGCUGAACAUGGGGUUGCAAGCCAGCAUCCCCCCGCCUCCACCAUCACCCCGGUCUACAUCCGCCACUACACAUUGGCAUAUUCCUACGAACCCAGCUGCACCAUCAACAUUGUCGAGGCCACCCUGAAUGGUAGAAGGCCUGUGACUGCAAUCUUGCCUACUCCAGUGACUAGAAUCGAAGAACUUCGACUGGAGAUUUUGUCAAUUGACACAGAGGACUCCGGAAGUUUGCGUGUUGAUUUCCUGGGUUGCAUGGAAGUUGUGACAACAACUACCCAGACCUCUACAUCCACCACAGCAGGAUACUGUAUGGAGCCAAUGGACGGCGAGCAAGGACUUGAGAGUAGCCGUUCUACAACUCCAGCGUCUGAAGAUCAGUCAACUGAUAUCAACGCUGAUAAACCUUGGAUAUUCGAGCUACAGUCCAACCUGAGGACAACCGCGACCAAAACCCCAAACUGGACGUCAAGUUUAACACCGAAGUCCAAGUGCACGCUUGAAGCUCCAGGGAGACAGCGACCAAUCCCAAACGGUCCGAAUAAUUCCAUUGUCGAGGCCACCCUGAAUGGUAGAAGGCCUGUGACUGCAAUCUUGCCUACUCCAGUGACUAGAAUCGAAGAACUUCGACUGGAGAUUUUGUCAAUUGACAGAGAGGACUCCGGAAGUUUGCGUGUUGAUUUCCUGGGUUGCAUGGAAGGAUACUGUAUGGAGCCAAUGGACGGCGAGCAAGGACUUGAGAGUAGCCGUUCUACAACUCCAGCGUCUGAAGAUCAGUCAACUGAUAUCAACGCUGAUAAACCUUGGAUAUUCGAGCUACAGUCCAAUCCUGAGGACAACCGCGACCAAAACCCCAAACUGGACAUUGUCGAGGCCACCCUGAAUGGUAGAAGGCCUGUGACUGCAAUCUUGCCUACUCCAGUGACUAGAAUCGAAGAACUUCGACUGGAGAUUUUGUCAAUUGACAGAGAGGACUCCGGAAGUUUGCGUGUUGAUUUCCUGGGUUGCAUGGAAGUUGUGACAACAACUACCCAGACCUCUACAUCCACCACAGAUACUGUAUGGAGCCAAUGGACGGCGAGCAAGGACUUGAGAGUAGCCGUUCUACAACUCCGGCGUCCUGAAGAUCAGUCAACUGAUAUCAACGCUGAUAAACCUUGGAUAUUCGAGCUACAGUCCAAUCCUGAGGACAACCGCGACCAAAACCCAAACUGGACGUCAAGUUUAACACCGAAGUCCAGUGCACGCCUUGAAGCUCCAGGGAGACAGCGACCAAUCCCAAACGGUCCGAAUAAUUCCAUUGUCGAGGCCACCCUGAAUGGUAGAAGGCCUGUGACUGCAAUCUUGCCUACUCCAGUGACUAGAAUCGAAGAACUUCGACUGGAGAUUUUGUCAAUUGACACAGAGGACUCCGGAAGUUUGCGUGUUGAUUUCCUGGGUUGCAUGGAAGAAAUAACGACCACAACUCCGGCUGCAACGACGACUAAAGGAUACUGUAUGGAGCCAAUGGACGGCGAGCAAGGACUUGAGAGUAGCCGUUCUACAACUCCAGCGUCUGAAGAUCAGUCAACUGAUAUCAACGCUGAUAAACCUUGGAUAUUCGAGCUACAGUCCAAUCCUGAGGACAACCGCGACCAAAACCCCAAACUGGACGUCAAGUUUAACACCGAAGUCCAAGUGCACGCCUUGAAGCUCCAGGGAGACAGCGACCAAUCCCAAACGAUUGUCGAGGCCACCCUGAAUGGUAGAAGGCCUGUGACUGCAAUCUUGCCUACUCCAGUGACUAGAAUCGAAGAACUUCGACUGGAGAUUUUUGUGACAACAACUACCCAGACCUCUACAUCCACCACAGCAGGAUACUGUAUGGAGCCAAUGGACGGCGAGCAAGGACUUGAGAGUAUCCGUUCUUCAACUCCAGCGUCUGAAGAUCAGUCAACUGAUAUCAACGCUGAUAAACCUUGGACAUUCGAGCUACAGUCCAAUCCUGAGGACAACCGCGACCAAAACCCCAAACUGGACGUCAAGUUUAACACCGAAGUCCAAGUGCACGCCUUGAAGCUCCAGGGAGACAGCGACCAAUCCCAAACGGUCCGAAUAAUUCCGUUGGUCCGGGAUCGAUCAACCCAAAUUUACACUGAUGUGCUGGAUUCCUCGGGCAAACCACUCAUUGUCGAGGCCACCCUGAAUGGUAGAAGGCCUGUGACUGCAAUCUUGCCUACUCCAGUGACUAGAAUCGAAGAACUUCGACUGGAGAUUUUGUCAAUUGACACAGAGGACUCCGGAAGUUUGCGUGUUGAUUUCCUGGGUUGCAUGGAAGUUGUGACAACAACUACCCAGACCUCUACAUCCACCACAAUUGUCGAGGCCACCCUGAAUGGUAGAAGGCCUGUGACUGCAAUCUUGCCUACUCCAGUGACUAGAAUCGAAGAACUUCGACUGGAGAUUUUGUCAAUUGACACAGAGGACUCCGGAAGUUUGCGUGUUGAUUUCCUGGGUUGCAUGGAAGUUGUGACAACAACUACCCAGACCUCUACAUCCACCACAGCAGGAUACUGUAUGGAGCCAAUGGACGGCGAGCAAGGACUUGAGAGUAGCCGUUCUACAACUCCAGCGUCUGAAGAUCAGUCAACUGAUAUCAACGCUGAUAAACCUUGGAUAUUCGAGCUACAGUCCAAUCCUGAGGACAACCGCGACCAAAACCCCAAACUGGACGUCAAGUUUAACACCGAAGUCCAAGUGCACGCCUUGAAGCUCCAGGGAGACAGCGACCAAUCCCAAACGGUCCGAAUAAUUCCGUUGGUCCGGGAUCGAUCAACCCAAAUUUACACUGAUGUGCUGGAUUCCUCGGGCAAACCACUCAUUGUCGAGGCCACCCUGAAUGGUAGAAGGCCUGUGACUGCAAUCUUGCCUACUCCAGUGACUAGAAUCGAAGAACUUCGACUGGAGAUUUUGUCAAUUGACACAGAGGACUCCGGAAGUUUGCGUGUUGAUUUCCUGGGUUGCAUGGAAGUUGUGACAACAACUACCCAGACCUCUACAUCCACCACAGCAGGAUACUGUAUGGAGCCAAUGGACGGCGAGCAAGGACUUGAGAGUAUCCGUUCUUCAACUCCAGCGUCUGAAGAUCAGUCAACUGAUAUCAACGCUGAUAAACCUUGGACAUUCGAGCUACAGUCCAAUCCUGAGGACAACCGCGACCAAAACCCCAAACUGGACGUCAAGUUUAACACCGAAGUCCAAGUGCACGCCUUGAAGCUCCAGGGAGACAGCGACCAAUCCCAAACGGUCCGAAUAAUUCCGUUGGUCCGGGAUCGAUCAACCCAAAUUUACACUGAUGUGCUGGAUUCCUCGGGCAAACCACUCAUUGUCGAGGCCACCCUGAAUGGUAGAAGGCCUGUGACUGCAAUCUUGCCUACUCCAGUGACUAGAAUCGAAGAACUUCGACUGGAGAUUUUGUCAAUUGACACAGAGGACUCCGGAAGUUUGCGUGUUGAUUUCCUGGGUUGCAUGGAAGUUGUGACAACAACUACCCAGACCUCUACAUCCACCACAAUUGUCGAGGCCACCCUGAAUGGUAGAAGGCCUGUGACUGCAAUCUUGCCUACUCCAGUGACUAGAAUCGAAGAACUUCGACUGGAGAUUUUGUCAAUUGACACAGAGGACUCCGGAAGUUUGCGUGUUGAUUUCCUGGGUUGCAUGGAAGAAAUAACGACCACAACUCCGGCUGCAACGACGACUAAAGAUCAGUCAACUGAUAUCAACGCUGAUAAACCUUGGACAUUCGAGCUACAGUCCAAUCCUGAGGACAACCGCGACCAAAACCCCAAACUGGACGUCAAGUUUAACACCGAAGUCCAAGUGCACGCCUUGAAGCUCCAGGGAGACAGCGACCAAUCCCAAACGGUCCGAAUAAUUUCGUUGGUCCGGGAUCGAUCAACCCAAAUUUACACUGAUGUGCUGGAUUCCUCGGGCAAACCACUCAUUGUCGAGGCCACCCUGAAUGGUAGAAGGCCUGUGACUGCAAUCUUGCCUACUCCAGUGACUAGAAUCGAAGAACUUCGACUGGAGAUUCUGUCAAUUGACACAGAGGACUCGGAAGUUUGCGUGUUGAUUUCCUGGGUUGCAUGGAAGGAUACUGUAUGGAGCCAAUGGACGGCGAGCAAGGACUUGAGAGUAGCCGUUCUACAACUCCAGCGUCUGAAGCUCAGUCAACUGAUAUCAACGCUGAUAAACCUUGGACAUUCGAGCUACAGUCCAAUCCUGAGGACAACCGCGACCAAAACCCCUAAACUGGACGUCAAGUUUAACACCGAAGUCCUAAUUGUCGAGGCCACCCUGAAUGGUAGAAGGCCUGUGACUGCAAUCUUGCCUACUCCAGUGACUAGAAUCGAAGAACUUCGACUGGAGAUUCUGUCAUUUGACACAGAGGACUCCGGAAGUUUGCGUGUUGAUUUCCUGGGUUGCAUGGAAGAAAUAACGACCACAACUCCGGCUGCAACGACGACUAAAGGAUACUGUAUGGAGGCAAUGGACGGCGAGCAAGGACUUGAGAGUAGCCGUUCUACAACUCCAGCGUCUGAAGAUCAGUCAACUGAUAUCAACGCUGACAAACCUUGGACAUUCGAGCUACAGUCCAAUCCUGAGGACAACCGCGACCAAAACCCCAAAUUGAACGUCCAAUUCAACACAAAGGUUGAAGUACAUGCUUGA